AGAGAGAGAGAAGGAGAGAGAGAGCAAAGCAAAGAGAGCCGUGUGAGGAGGAGGGAGUCUGUUACGCUCGGAUGGCCGGCGCAUUGAGAGGCUGGUCCGGGGAGACUCACAAGACAGGGCUUUUUCCCCCCCUCUUUGAGCCCUCCGGCCGCCAGCGUGCGCCCCGCUCCUCUCGGUCACGGUAGGAGGGAGAUCGACCUCGGCGCACCGCAGUGCCAACACCGAGACUUCACUUUCACAGCCUGCGAGACUUCACGCCGUCAAGUCGGCGACUCUGACGGAAAGGGGAGCUUGUGGCAUGGAGACACAGUAGUAGUGCUACCGCACGGAGGAACGGGACUGCACCCAAAUCUUGGAUCACUGGCACUCGGCAGCGACACCUGUGUCGUGGUUACGGAUUAAUCUCAGGCGUCAAAUUCUUGUGUGGAAUUAGCGCCAAACAGAACGACAUCCCAGUAGCGUGCCAAUUGGAUGCUAUACAUUUGUGACUGGAUGUGAGGCUCCCUUGACCCUUUCCGACUGAAGAUGAUGUUGCUAUGGAAAGUCCUGGUGCUGCAGUCACUUACGUGGUGCCUUGCAGUGAGCACGGUCCUGCAGAGUCCCGUCUUCACCAAGCAGCCUGGCAGCAUCGUGUACCCCGUGGAAUCUCUGGAGAAAAACAGAGAGGUCGUGUUCAGCUGUGAAGCACAGGCAAGCCCAUCUCCAGUCUAUCGAUGGAAACUUAACGGCACGGAACUCAGUCCCAAGUCUGGAUCUCACUACAGCUUAUCCGGAGGCAAUCUCAGAAUCAGUCAUCUGAGCAAAGAACAGGAUGCCGGAACGUAUCAGUGCCUUGCUUCCAAUGCUUUCGGGACCAUCGUAAGCCGAGAGGCCAGUCUAACAUUCGCAUACUUGGAAAACUUCAAAACCCACAGAAGAAGCUCCGUUUCAGUCCGGGAAGGCCAAGGAGUGGUUCUACUGUGCGGACCUCCACCACAUUCUGGAGAUCUGGAAUUUUCCUGGAUUUUCAACGAGUACCCAACCUUUGUGAAGCAGGACACUCGUCGUUUUAUCUCGCAGGAGACGGGGAAUCUUUACAUCGCUAAAGUUGAGCCCUCAGAUGUGGGCAACUACACUUGUGUUGUGACCCACCCUGUGACAAAGACUCGAGUCCAGGGCCCACCUACCCCACUUGUGCUUCGCACUGACGGUGUGAUGGGUGAAUAUGAGCCAAAGAUUGAAGUUCAGUUUCCCGAGGUUGUUCAUGUUGCCAAAGGAUCCACUGUGAAGCUGGAAUGCUUUGCGCUGGGAAACCCUGUUCCUUCCAUAAACUGGCGAAAAGCGGAUGCCGCACCUUUCCCGAGGAAGGUGGACAUGAGGAAAGCGAGCGGCGUCCUGGAAAUCCCGUACUUCCAGCAGGAGGAUGCUGGCACAUAUGAGUGUGUGGCUGAAAAUUCCAGGGGAAUGAACACGGUGAAAGGGAAGCUCUCCUUCUAUGCUCCUCCUCAUCUCAUUGAGAAACCCCAAGAUGUCCAGAAACUCAUCGACGACGCUUUGGUGUGGGAAUGUAAAGCCACAGGGAAGCCCAAACCCUCCUACAGAUGGAUGAAAAAUGGAGAGAAUCUGGAGCCUGCAGAGGAGCGAGUCCAGGUGAGCAAUGGGGCGCUGUCAAUCACCCGCUUGACCCUGUCGGACACGGGGAUGUACCAGUGUGUCGCUGGGAAUAAGUAUGGUGAGGUCUACUCCAACGCGGAACUCCGAGUCAUAGCUGUUGCUCCAGAUUUCUCCCAUAACCAGCUGAAAAGCCAAACAUUGGUCAAGGUUGGAGGAGAUGUGCUCAUCGACUGCAAACCCAAGAUGUCUCCAUGGGGUGUGAUCUCCUGGAGGAAGGGCAGCGAACCGCUGGAAGAAAGUAAAAGAAUUUCCAUUCUGGACAAUGGCAACCUUCGCAUAUGGAACAUAACCAAAUCAGAUGGCGGCCCGUACACGUGCAUGGCAAGGAACCAGUUUGGUGUGGCCACCAGCACAGGAAGCAUCACAGUGAAAGAUCCCACAAUCAUCACCACCCUGCCAGCAACACUCGACGUCACCGUGGGGGAGAGUGUUGUCCUGCCUUGUCAAGUCAGCCAUGAUGCCUCUCUGGAGCUUAAGUUCACCUGGUUCUUCAAUGAGCAGCUCAUCCACUUUGGCAGCCAUGGGGGCUUUUUUGAGAAAGUGGGCGGCCAGCAUUCCGCCGGAGACAUUAUGAUUCGAAACAUCCAGUUGAGGCAUGCUGGGAAAUACACAUGUGCCGUGCAAACAAAGGUGGACAGUAUCUCUGUCGCCGUUGACCUGGUUGUCAGAGGGCCCCCCGGCUGCCCCACCAGCAUCCAGGUAGAAGAAAUCACAGACACCACUGCGACUCUAUCCUGGAGGCCCGGUGCUGAUAAUCACAGUCCAAUUACCGCAUACACCAUCCAGGCCAGGACACCGUUUUCCCUCGGGUGGCAGGCUGUCUCCACAGUUCCCAAAAUGGUAGGGGGCCACCGUCUGACAGCUACCGUAAUAGAACUGAACCCUUGGGUGGACUAUGAGUUUCGAGUCCUGGCGAGCAACACUAUUGGGACCGGCGAGCCCAGCAAGCCAUCCAAACUAGCCAAGACCAAAGGCUCCCCUCCCUUGGUCACGCCAGCUAAUGUGAGCGGUGGCGGUGGGAGUCGUUCGGAAUUAGUCAUCACAUGGGAGCCCGUUCCAGAAGAGCUACAGAACGGACCGGGGUUCGGCUAUGUUGUGGCUUUCCGACCCCUCGGUGCCACAGGUUGGAUGCAGGCCGCCGUACCGUCCGCCGACACAUCCAGAUACGUCUUCAAAAAUGAAAGCAUCCAGCCGUUUUCACCUUUUCAUGUGAAGGUCGGAGUUUACAACAACGAGGGAGAAGGUCCGUUCGGAGCGGUUACUACCAUCUACUCGGCAGAGGAAGAACCCGGACGAGCGCCCACGAGGGUACGUGCCAAGAGCCUCUCGGCGUCCGAGGUUGAAAUUUCAUGGAAAGCUCUUCCCUGGAAUGCCAAUAAGAAACGAGUGCUGGGCUAUGAGCUGCGGUACUGGGCGAAGGGCGGAAAGGAAGACACAGCCAACGUGCAAAGAACUGUGGGAAAUCAGACGUCGACUAUUAUUCACGGCGUGAAAGGCAGCACCGCGUAUUACAUCUCGGUGAGAGCGUACAACACCGCAGGAGCCGGACCUCCAAGCGGCACAGUCAGCAUUACUACCAAAAAACCACCACCGAGCCAGCCCCCGGGUAAAGUGAUGUGGAACACGUCCAACUCCAAGAUAAUAUUAAACUGGGAGCAGGUUAAAGCCCUGGAGAAUGAGUCGGAGGUCACUGGUUACAAAGUGCUGUACAAGAAGAACCAACACAGCCGCCCCAAUGUCAUGGAGACAAACACCACCUCGGUGGAGCUCACUCUUCCCACUGACGAGGAUUAUAUCAUCCAGAUAAAACCGUUUGGCGAAGGAGGGGAGGGCAGCAGCAGUCGGCAGAUCACCAUCCCAAGGAUACCGGGUCCCAACGCAGUUGGCUCAGCAUCCAAGGUCUCCACUCUAUCAGCCCUCAGUACAAUAGCACUGUCUUUCACAGCGCGGACAUCUUUAUGACAAACAGCUCUCAGUAGACCUUGCAUCGGCGAUGGAGACCGUCUUCAGCAGAUGACAAACACUCUGGUGUAACUACACCCAUUCAUUUUGAUUUAUAAUAGAGGCAAAAAGAAUACACAGAUGAGGGGAAGAAAAAAAAAAAAGUCUGUGACGUCUGGGAAGGAGUCCCCCACAACACCUUGGCUAUAUAAGGGAUUUGGACAGACGUCACGACUAUGUUGUAACCAAAGCAGCUUUCAUAAGAAGAGAAAAAGAAUAAUGUCUUGUAUGCUUCUUUUUGUAUGACAUGCCAAGCGUUACAUUUUUUUAUUUGUAUAUUUUUUCUGCUAAAAUUAAAUUUGAUGCUUUCUUUGCAUACUGGGACGAAUGCAUUUAAGUACAUAAAGUACAUAACAAAUACUGUAACAUAUCAUUUUCCAAAUGGCUAAGCGUGGAAUUUGACAAAGACCCUAUUGUCUUAAAGAACAACUGAUAUUAUAUUUACAUUUUAUUGUCCAAAAGCAUAUUUCCUGUCAAAGAAGAGGAUCUAAACCAUCCAUUCAUAAACAAAACAUGCUAAUUUUUACCAAACCAGUGAGGCAUGUAUUCCAAUUGCACAGGACAACAUUCACAGUGCAUACAUACCAAAUAAAAAGUGUCCUUAUUGGGACUUAAUAGAAUGAUAAUAAUGACUAUUAAUUAAAAAAAAAAACUAUUUUGUCCAGUUGUGCAGUACAUCAGUCAAAAGUUUGGAGAUGGUGUUAUUGUAUGGGAAAGUGUCUGCAAACAUUUGACUGGUAGUGUACAUAAUGUACAAUGUACGUACAAUUUUUUACGACAGCUACAGUGGCUGAACUUUAAAAACAAGAUUUUACAAAGAAUUGCUUCGUAAGAGUUCUGAUGAUUUUUUUCCUUAAUCUGCAGUGCAUACCGUGUAGUGGUCACAAAUCAGUCACAACCACCCACAUUCAGAUUCUCACCAUACCUGUUGCCCUUCUUUUUCCUGGCCCUCCUAUUGAAAGGGUCCCCAGUAAAUAAAAUUAAAAAAUAAAAUUUCAAGAGAAUAUUUCUUUAUUUUCGGAAAAUGUCCCUACUUUUCAAAUGCAAAUGUUGACAGGUAUGAUUUCCAUGCUGUCUGCACUAAAGUCGGCCGUGUACUCCUGAUCAACACAUUUGUAAAAUUGCAAGAAUUUUCAUUUUGCAUUUUCAUUACAUCCUAAGGAGGUUCUAAGUAGCGCUUUUAAUACAAAAAGAACAAAUCCUGUCCUAAUUUUGAGUAAGUAAUGGAACAAACGUGGUUGUCUGUGUAGCAUUAUAGAGUGUGCAUACAGGGAGCGGAGUUGCUAAUGGCCAUUUCCCACCACAGUCAAGUUUUUUAAACAAUGGUAAUCUCGCUAAAAAGUGUGAAGACCACAUUACACGUUACCGUCACACGUUACACGAAAACCUAAACGACCAUUACCAUUGAGAGGCAUCUUGAAGUAACCUCUUUUUGUGAGAAACUUCGGACUGUCCAGUCGUUAUUCCGGUGCGGAUUCUGGAUCCAACACAAGUGGACAUUUUAAAAAGAUAAAUCGCAGUUCAUUAUCAACCCCGACAACUUUGGAAUGUGACGGACCAGUUUGGAGUUGGUGUGCCUGGAGGCGACCGUAGUAGAAUAAAUUAAAACAGACCAUUUUUGCGGGAUGAUCGAAAUACAGCUGGAAUAGGUGCAGAUUCUGGAAGAUCUAGAAAGCUUUCCGUGCUGGUUAUUGUGUGGAGCUGCUCUAUAGGCUUCCACAACUCAAUACAAAGGGCUGGAAAAUUAGCAUAAUCGGUCCCCUUUAAGCAUUAUUUUAUAAUUUGCUAUUGCUAAAAUAGCAAUAAAAUGUUCAAAAAACGAUUCAGUAAUGAUUAGCUAUACUGUUUUUGUGAAUCACCUCGAAAAUUGGUUUGUGGAUGCUUGUGUGAUGUCGCUCCAACAUGGCUUCAUGGCGGGCAUCCAUUGUCUGGAACUGAUGUCCGUUUUUGUGAACUACCCCUUGGCAUCCAUCCCCAAAUGUUUUCAGUUGGAUUUAGAUCAAAGGAACAUGAAGGAUGGUCCAAAACCGUGAGAUUAUUCCUCUUGAAUCGGUUGUUAGAUGGGCAUUGUGGAUUGCAGCAUUGUCCGUUACCACACAAACGAGGGCCUUCAGUCAUGAGGGUUGCCCCCUGCAACACAACCAAGUUGUCGUUUGACACUCUUGCAUAGCCUGAAACUCCAUUAUUCCACUGAAGGAAAAAGCAGUCCAGAUCAUGAUGGCACCCUCGUUUCACUGUGUCGUGGGACCUCCUUGACAUGCCAGUCAUGUCGGAAGCCAUCAGAGCUAAUUUACGCUACAUUUGUUCUCAUUAGAGAAUAAAACUUUCUUCCACCUUUCAAUGUCCCGUGUUCUCGUGCAAAUUGCAAACUGGCAAUUUUGUCCCGUUGAAGAAGAUUAGGGUUUUGAAGACAUUUUUUAUUCUAAAAAACAAUGCCGUCUGAUGGUUAUUGGACUGCACUCGGUGGCAGUAACAAUCUGCAAGUAGGCCAAGGAUCGUCCCGUGGCUUGACGGACAGCCCAUCGAAUCCUCCAGCUCAGGGCUGGUGACAUAUUUUGGGUCUACUACUUGACUUUUUUGUGAGGAAGUUUAAAAUGACUGUCUUACCGCAGUCGACCUCAUCAAUGGUUCGCUGCGAGAGGCCUUGCUUAUGUAGCUCAACAAUACGACUACGUUAAAAGAGCGAAAGCUUUUUUGCCUUUGCCAUGAAGAGAUCAUUACUGUGUGAAUACAUGAAAAUUAAUUUUACCGAGAUCAGCUGAUGAACAGCCUAUUUCACUAUAAUGGUUAUUUGCAAUGAAUGGCUUACAAUGACUUUGUUGUCUCACUCCCAUUUCUUCUUUUUAUAUUUUCAAGCUCUACUUAGAACCUCCUUAUGAUCCAACAAUGUAAAAUUUAAAUUCUUGCAAUUUUUCAACUGGUCUUAAAAUUUUGAUAAGGCGUGUAUGUACUACUGCACUACCAGCGGCCUACUUUUUAAAAUAUGAAUAGUGUUCUAAGAUCCUUUGGAAAAAAGAUCCAUUGAACAAAGUGACUGACUAAAAGGUUGGCAUGCAAGGAUUCUGGUUCAAGUCCGUUUUGGUAAUAGAACAUCUCUUGGAGACAUGCUUUUGACUAAUUAAGAGAUGCGUUCAAUCUCCUGUGGGUCCCCGUCCCGUACCGGUGACCGAACCCACGUGGCUUUCCCAUGCUCCUCUUUCAUUUGGUUAGCCCUGUGUGAAUAGCGAUUCUUUGCCUUCUGUGUGCCUCAUCAUAUGUUCAAAACCCUCAGGUCCUUCAAGAGCCUUAACUUAUCAUAAUGUAUACUGAGGACAGGAGAUGCAUAGAACUAUGAUGCAGCCGCAGUGAUGUUUACAUGCUGCUGUGUUGAUACACGCCGGAUGUUGUCAGCUUCGGGAGGGGAACGGGGGCGCGGUCUGCUCUGUGUGGCAAUAUAUAUAUAUGAGUUCUGGUGCAUUUUUUUAUAGUUGUGUGAUUUAAGGACGAGGAUUAAAGACAAUGCUGCUGAUCUUUCCUUUUCCCCGGCCAUAGUCUCUUGAUGCCCUAUGGAAGGACUGUGCAGAGGUGCUGUACAGUCUGUAUGUAGCUCUCUAUGCUCUAGGGAAGUGCACUGUAGGCUACUGGGUCUUGCGCUGAAUCAUGCAUCGGUGAAUAUGUAAUAUACUGUUUUGUACACUUCAAAUCAUUUAUAUGAGAGAAACUUUCUAAAAAAGGUGACUUAUUUGCUUUGUAUGUAGAACUGUUUCAUACUAACUGUUGCUCAGCAUGACUGUGCUUAGUCGUCUUGCUUCAGGAACCUGCAACGUUCAUAUGGGUCAUGCCCGGGAUAGGUUUAUGUAUAUUGUAUGUGUACCAUGACGUGAACAAUCACUGGCCAAUCACGGCCAUGCUUCUGUCUCGAGUCAGCCUGCCUGACGUGUCCUGUCAGCUCAACGCGAGGGGUUCCUCUGUUGCUUUGUUGUUUAUAUUGUGUUAAUAAAGGAUAUUGA